GUGUCCUGUCUUUCCACACUCUCCCUUUUACUCACUGGGCGGCUGCUGAGGCUUGAGGCAAACUCUGGGCUUGGGGACUGAGCUAGCAGAAGAGGGACCAUAAAAGCGACCUGAUGGGUUCUAGGAAAGCCUUCCUCUUCUCUCCUUCGCUCCUGUGGAGUCAAACUAGAGGAGUGAGGUUGAUGUUCCUGUUACUAACCCUGCAUUUGGGAAACUGUGUUGAUAAAGCCGAUGAUGAAGAUGAUGAAGAUUUAACUAUGAAUAAAACAUGGGUCUUGGCACCAAAAAUUCAUGAAGGAGAUAUCACACAAAUUCUCAAUUCAUUACUUCAAGGUUAUGAUAACAAACUUCGCCCAGACAUAGGAGUGAGGCCCACAGUAAUUGAAACUGAUGUUUAUGUAAACAGCAUUGGACCAGUUGACCCAAUAAACAUGGAGUACACCAUAGAUAUAAUUUUUGCCCAAACCUGGUUUGACAGCCGUUUAAAGUUCAAUAGCAGCAUGAAAGUGCUUGUGCUUAACAGCAACAUGGUGGGGAAAAUUUGGAUUCCAGACACUUUCUUCAGAAACUCAAGAAAAUCCGAUGCACAUUGGAUAACAACACCUAAUCGCCUGCUGCGGAUUUGGAGUGAUGGAAGAGUUCUAUACACUCUACGAUUAACAAUUAAUGCAGAAUGCUAUCUUCAACUUCAUAACUUUCCGAUGGAUGAACAUUCCUGUCCACUGGAAUUUUCAAGCUAUGGAUAUCCUAAAAACGAAAUUGAGUACAAGUGGAAAAAGCCCUCUGUGGAAGUGGCUGAUCCUAAGUACUGGAGGUUAUACCAGUUUGCAUUUGUAGGAUUACGAAAUUCUACUGAAAUCUCUCACACAAUUUCUGGAGAUUAUAUUAUCAUGACAAUUUUCUUUGACCUGAGCAGGCGGAUGGGCUACUUCACGAUUCAGACCUAUAUCCCAUGCAUUCUGACAGUUGUUCUUUCUUGGGUUUCCUUUUGGAUCAAUAAAGAUGCAGUACCAGCCAGAACAUCACUGGGUAUCACUACGGUCUUGACUAUGACAACCCUCAGUACAAUUGCCAGGAAAUCUUUACCUAAGGUUUCUUAUGUGACAGCAAUGGAUCUUUUUGUCUCUGUUUGUUUUAUUUUUGUGUUUGCAGCACUGAUGGAAUAUGGAACCUUGCAUUAUUUUACUAGCAAUAAUAAAGGAAAAGCCACCAGAGAGAGGAAGCGUAAAAACAGGACUUCGGUAUCCCCAGGUCUCCAUGCUGGAUCCACUCUGAUUCCCAUGAAUAACAUUUCUCUGCCUCAAGGAGAAGAUGAUUACGGCUACCAAUGUUUGGAGGGCAAAGAUUGUGCUAGCUUUUUCUGCUGCUUCGAAGACUGCAGGACAGGGUCCUGGAGGGAAGGACGGAUACACAUACGCAUAGCCAAAAUUGAUUCCUACUCGAGAAUCUUUUUCCCAACAGCUUUUGCCUUGUUCAAUCUGGUUUAUUGGGUUGCAUACCUUUACUUGUAAAUUCCACUAAUAGAUAAAAAUCACAAAUGUAUGGCUUAGUCCAAUAGACUCAGAUAUAUUCCAGUAAUAUGAAGUUUAAAUUUAAAAGAAAAGAGUCUUUUGGUCAAAAUCUGAAUCAUGCUGUUAUAAGACUAGGGCUUUCAUACAAGAGUAAGGCAGAAGUAUUCAGGUUAAUUUAUCUAAAUGGACAUAAAAAUUGAUUGUCAAGUAUAACACACUGAAAUUAUAGCAUAUAUUUUUACUUUACUUUUUUAGUUUUGCUUGUAUUCUAUUAAUAUUGAAACUUAAUACUUCUGUGAGACAUAUUUUGAAUAUGAAAUAAUUUUAAUACAUAUUUUAUUUAAAUAUAAUUAUUGCUUAUAAUGAAAGAUUAAUGCCUAGUAUUAAAGUACUCUUUGCCUA